AUGAAGGUUGUUGUAGAGAAUCUAACAGGAACAUUAUUCUAUGUCGAAGUAGAGAAUGAUGGCACGGUUGAAGAUCUAAAAAGAGAAAUUGAAGCACAAAUGAAACUCCCUUGUGACCGUUUGAUCAUUAUUCUUGAUGAUAUUUGUUGGCCGUUGAUUACGAAAGAUGAUGAAAAGGAAUCUCUUGUUAAUUGUGGAAUCCAAGAUGGGUCACAUGUUUAUAUUUUCUUUAUUCCUGUUGAUGAUGAAUCUACCCAACAUUUUGUGUUUACUCUGCCUGAUUUCCUUGUUGGUUAA